AUGAAGACUUCAUCUGUGUCUCUGCUCCUCGGUGUGUGUGUGCUGCUGCUGUCUGCACUGACUGUUUCUGCAGUCUCUCUGACCGUCAGUCCAAACCUGCAGCAGUUCUUCACAGGAGCCUCAGUGUCUCUGACAUGUGAAGGUCAGCUGGGCUCUGAUGGAUGGACGGUGAAGAGGGACACAGGAAGUGGGAAUGAGUCAUGUGGAGCAGGUGGGCGGGGCUUUGGGAGGAUAAAUGGUUCAUCCUUUUUGCUUGAUGAGUUCAAACCAGUCAGUGGAGUUUACUGGUGUGAAGGUGAAGCUGGAGAGAAGAAUGAAGAAGUCAACAUCACUGUAUCAGAUAAUCGUGUGAUCCUGGAGAUCCCAGCACUUCCUGUGAGGACAGGAAGUGAUGUCACUCUACACUGUAAAAAGAAAACUGGUGGCACAGCCGCAGCUUAUUUCUACUUUAAUGGACGUCCAGUUAGGCCUAAAACAGAGAAAAACAUCACCAUUAACGUGCAGCAGUCUGAUGAAGGUCUCUACUGGUGUGCUACCGAUGAGUUUGGAUUAUCUCCUCAGAGCUUUCUGAGGGUCAGAGAUCCUGCUACACCAACACCACCGCCAACAAAAACAACAGCAAACAUCCAUAUCUCCUGUUCUCCUCCUCCUCCUCUUCCUAAUCCCUCCUUCAUCAUCCCAGUCAUAGUUACUGUAGGUUCUCUGGUCCUUGUGGUUCUGGUUCUGGUUGCAGUUCAGCUUCUUUGGAAGAAACACACAGGGAAACACCAGCCAGCAACUACAAAUGAUGUCACAUAUGCCGAGGUCACCAGUAGAGAGUCAGCCAAUAAGAUGUCAGUCGUCCAACCAGAAGUGAUUUACUCCAGCCUGAGCAUAAACACUACAGGUUAACAGGAGAGAAAACCAAGUGGUACCAAAGACCUACAGCUGGAGGAGGAACACUUCCAGAAAUGACUCUCUAUGAACACAGUUCACCAUGCCAUCUAUUCCAGGAGCGCAGCUUCAUAGUAGAAGAGUCAGGUGCUGAACUGGCCUGCCUGCAGUCCUGAUCUUUCAUCAAUGAAAACAUCUGGAGCAUCAUGAAACCAGAAGCAGGACAAAGAAGAGUCAGGACAGCUGAGCAGCUAAAACCCUCCAUCAGACACGGAUGGAGCAACAUCCCACUCCCAAAAAGUCCAAAAGCUGCUGUGCUCAGUUCACAGACGUUUACAGAAUGAUGUUAAAAGGCGAUGC